GCAGUCAGACGGGCAAAAUUGUUCAUUGUGAGGCGUAGUCCAUCUCCAGAAAUCCAAAAUGAGGGAAAUUGUGCAUCUCCAGGCCGGCCAGUGUGGAAACCAGAUUGGCGCAAAGGUUAGUAAAAUUAUAUUUGACUUUAAGUGGAUUUUAGUCGUUAGAUUUUCAUUGGAAACACCGUGUUCAGCGGUCGGUCAGAAGGUGCUUUGUGCUCUUGGAAGCCACACCCUGGGAAGAGCAGCGUGUCCUACUUAAGAAAAUUUACUCUCACACUCAAUUAAAACCUUUAAGGCAUCCCAAUGCUUGAACGAUUACGUCGAAAUGUGAACGAUUAAAAGAAUUUUACAUAAUUUUAUGGAGAAACAAGAUUUGAUUGCAGUGAUGGGGCCGAGUGUGUGUUCGUGUAAAGGUUGAAACGGUUGACUGCCGGUUUAAUCUCCGGGCAGGAUUUCUCUUAGCACAAACGGAAUGGCGAAUCGUAAUUAUUGGCCAACGGUUAAUGAAAAUUGUGCUGCAGUGCGCAAAGAGGAAGUUAAGCUAACCGCUAGCCCGUUUCCUCUUCUCAGUUUCGCCUACAAGACAGUCUCAUUCACUCAGGGAAUGGUGGUUAUUUUAUUUUUUGUACUGAAGUAGGGAGGUGUUGGUUUUGUAAGGCUCUUUCCCGGCUCUCUGAGGCCCGCUGUUCGCAGUAACGUCUGAACGCUGCCGGCCUGUGCCUGAAGUAGGCGGUGUUGGCGGUUAGUGACGUAGCCCGAGUUUUUUCAAAUUCAUAACCGGCUAGUAGCAGCCAAUAGAAAACCAGGCCGCGCGCGGGGAUUGCAGAACGGCGGGAAACUAGAAAGAACUGUUAUCUAACCUCCAUUUUGUACCGGAUUUUCAACUUAUUAGUAUUAUAAAAUCAUCCUGCUCCAAUUUACGCAUUGUUACGUACAACUUGCUGGUGACUUGUGUUUGUUGUGAAACUGAAAUCACUUGGUAAUUGAUGUCAAUAUCCCACAGUUUUGGGAAGUGAUCAGUGAUGAGCACGGCAUCGACCCAACUGGCACAUAUCAUGGGGACAGUGACCUGCAGCUAGACAGGAUCAAUGUCUACUACAAUGAGGCCACAGGUAUGUGAAUUAAAACUCAAAUUUUUGUAGCUUGUAGUAAUCUUUUUUUUUUUUUUUUUGAAUGCUCACAUUUUCUUGUUUCUUGUAGGUGGAAAAUAUGUUCCACGUGCUGUGCUUGUGGAUCUGGAGCCAGGCACUAUGGACUCUGUUAGGUCAGGACCUUUCGGCCAGGUCUUCAGACCAGACAACUUUGUUUUUGGUAUGGAAUUUUAUUAGUCUUUCUCUUUACCUUUUCACCAAAUUGGUUUUUGAAUGUCAUCUGAACUUUACUUUUUUUUUCUUUCUUUUUAGGCCAGAGUGGUGCUGGUAACAACUGGGCUAAGGGUCACUACACUGAGGGUGCAGAGCUGGUGGACUCUGUCCUGGAUGUGGUGAGGAAAGAGGCUGAGAGCUGUGACUGCCUGCAGGGCUUCCAGCUCACACACUCCCUGGGUGGUGGUACAGGCUCUGGAAUGGGCACACUGCUCAUCAGCAAGAUCCGUGAAGAGUACCCCGACCGUAUUAUGAACACCUUCAGCGUCGUCCCCUCCCCCAAAGUAUCAGACACAGUUGUUGAGCCAUACAACGCCACACUUUCGGUCCAUCAGCUUGUAGAAAACACAGAUGAGACCUACUGCAUCGACAAUGAGGCCCUGUAUGAUAUCUGCUUCCGCACCCUUAAACUCACAACACCCUCAUACGGUGACCUUAACCACCUCGUCUCCGCCACCAUGAGCGGUGUCACCACAUGUCUUAGGUUCCCUGGACAGCUUAAUGCUGACCUGAGGAAGCUGGCUGUGAACAUGGUGCCAUUCCCCCGUCUGCACUUCUUCAUGCCCGGCUUUGCUCCCCUCACAAGCAGAGGCAGCCAGCAGUACAGAUCGCUCACUGUACCAGAGCUCACUCAGCAGAUGUUCGACGCCAAGAACAUGAUGGCCGCCUGCGACCCACGUCACGGGCGUUACCUGACAGUGGCCGCCAUCUUCCGUGGCCGCAUGUCCAUGAAGGAGGUGGACGAGCAGAUGCUGAAUGUGCAGAACAAGAACAGCAGCUACUUCGUCGAAUGGAUCCCCAACAACGUCAAGACAGCCGUCUGCGACAUUCCUCCCCGUGGCCUGAAGAUGGCCGCCACCUUUAUCGGCAACAGCACAGCCAUCCAGGAGCUGUUCAAGCGCAUCUCCGAGCAGUUCACAGCCAUGUUCAGGCGUAAGGCUUUCCUCCACUGGUACACCGGCGAGGGUAUGGAUGAGAUGGAGUUUACUGAGGCUGAGAGCAACAUGAACGACCUGGUGUCCGAGUACCAGCAGUACCAGGACGCCACCGCCGAAGAGGAGGGAGAGUUUGAGGAGGAGGCUGAGGACGACCUCAAUUAAAGCCUUAAAAAAUGUUUUUUCAGGGCUCUGCUGUCAGUUCUGCCAUGAAAUGUAACGUUCCAAGUCUUUUCCAGUUUCAGUGUUCUGUUUGCUGUUUCAAUGUUAAUAAACUUCUUCUCUAGCACAUUUGA